CUCGCAGCGACGAGGCAUGUGGCGUCCGUGUUGUGAUUUCUGACUUUCAAAGUUUGAGUAAACUCGUUCGCUCGCAUCAUGACUGAGGAUUCCAGUGGCCCCUGCAUGUCUUUCUUCAUGCAGAUAGGCCUGGUUCGGGAGCAGGUCACCAUCGAAGGCGGCGAGCUGACCAUGGCCAGUCUGAAGGAUAUCGCAUGUGCUUUUGUUGAUAGAAAGUUUCCCGAGCACCGCUUCUAUGGAUUAGAGGAUAAACUCCUACUAUUCCGACACGAUGGCCAGGACAGGAACAUCCUGAAGCUCAUUGUCUCACCAGCUCAAGUCGUUGAGGGAGUUCUUAUAGAAGUCGUUCUUUCUGGUCGUACCCCGAAUACAAGUAAAGGGUUUGAAGACCCUGUGCCACCUGGUUCAUGUUCCUUCCUGUCGUUACCAAGGGAACGGACAUAUUCGGCCGAUGCCGAGGAAGAGGCAAGUGCCAGUAUGGAGGACCUUCAGAUCAGGCCACAUAUUCUCUAUGUACAUUCCUACAAGUCACCACACUUCUGCGAUUUUUGCGGAGAAAUGUUGUUUGGACUUGUCCGACAGGGAUUAAAAUGUGAAGGGUGUGGUCAUAACUUUCAUAAACGUUGUGCUUAUAAAAUCCCGAACAAUUGUACACAUGCAAAGCGGCGUAGCUCUGGUUGCAGCCAGUACACGAUCUCGCGGUCUGGAAGUCAGGAAGGAAAUGAUAGUACCGCCCAGGUAGAUAGAGAUAGGGACCUAGGAACACUUGUUCCUCCAGAAACUCGGAACAAUCGCUCAAGAUCAUGGAGUGGUCGGCCAAUCUGGAUGGAGAAGGAAUUUGCCGGUCGUAUCAAAGUGCCUCACACAUUUGUAGUCCACAACUACAAAAAGCCCACAAGAUGUCAGUACUGUAAAAAGCUACUGCGAGGGUUGUUCCGUCAGGGUGUGCAAUGCAAAGAUUGUAAAUUUAACUCGCACAAACGAUGUGCUGACUUUGUGCCUAAAAAUUGCCAAGGAGAAGUGUCCGUAGCUCACACAGGCGAUUAUUGCUUUGAAUCUGAAACGGACAGUACCAUUGAUACGGACAUGUCAGAGAUCUCGGAACCGCCUGGAGAACUCGCAGAUGAUAGCGUCGAUGACAACGAUGAGGAUUCUGACAAUAAAGAUCAAAACAAACCUCCACUAAGCCCAACGACGAGUUCUAACAUUCCACUGAUGCGUAUUGUGCAGUCUGUGAAGCACACCAAGCGAGGUCAGAGUGGCUCAAAGAUCACCAAGGAGGGAUGGAUGGUGCACUUUACAGACAGGGACAACACGCGGCGGCGCCACUACUGGAAAUUGGAUUCGAAAGCAAUUACAUUGUAUCAAAAUAUGCAUACGUCGCGAUAUUACAAGGAAAUCAACCUUGCUGAUGUGGCCUCAGUCGAAACAGCACGCGAUCCACAUUCAGUUGACCCGGUUAGAAAUCCAUUCGUUUUUGAAAUUCAUACGAUGACAACUCAUUUCUAUGUGGGCGAGGACCCAUCAGGGGGGAGUGGUGAACCUAUUGUGAUGUCACCUGAAAGUGGUGCUGGACUGGAGCAGGCUAAAUACUGGGAGCAAGCAAUACGCCAGGCCAUGAUGCCAGUCACUCCGACACCUAGUAUCUCCGUCAGCAAUGCUCAAGGGGAAAAUAUAGGAGAUGAAUCAGCUAGGGCGGAAGAAACUCAGGACAUCAGUCAGAUCUAUCAAAUAUACCCUGACGAGGUGUUGGGUUCCGGACAAUUUGGUAUAGUGUACGGAGCUGGCCCGAUAUCAUCGGACAUUGGUAAACAUCGACGAACAAACCGUGAGGUAGCAAUCAAAGUCAUAGAUAAGUUAAGAUUCCCGACAAAACAGGAGGCACAGCUCAAAAACGAAGUGUCUAUACUACAGAAUAUUCAUCAUCCUGGCGUUGUGAAUCUGGAGAGGAUGUUUGAAACUCCAGAGAGGAUUUUUGUGGUAAUGGAAAAAUUAAAGGGUGACAUGUUAGAGAUGAUAUUGUCAAGUCCAAAGGGUAGACUAUCAGAACGAGUCACCAAAUUUAUCAUCUCUCAGAUCCUUGUUGCCUUAAAACAUUUACAUUCCAAGAGUAUAGUCCAUUGUGACUUGAAGCCAGAAAACGUGCUACUCUCCACAGAAACUGCAUUUCCACAGGUGAAGUUGUGUGACUUUGGCUUUGCUCGUAUCAUUGGUGAGAAGUCUUUCAGAAGAUCUGUAGUAGGAACUCCAGCCUAUCUUGCUCCAGAGGUGCUCAAGAAUAAAGGCUACAAUAGGUCGUUAGACAUGUGGUCAGUAGGAGUCAUUAUUUAUGUAAGUUUGAGUGGUACGUUCCCGUUCAACGAGGAUGAAGAGAUCAGUGAUCAGAUCCAGAAUGCAGCGUUUAUGUAUCCACCGAAUCCUUGGAAACACGUCUCUCAAGAAGCGAUGCAUUUGUUGAAUUGCAUUCUGGUUGUGGAAACAGGCCUAAGGUUCACCGUCAACAAAGCGCGUCUGCACCCAUGGUUUCAGGACUUUCAAACAUGGUGCGAUCUACGAAAACUUGAAUCUGCCGUCGGUGAGCGUUAUCUGACACACGAAUCUGAUGAUGCACGCUGGGAGGAAUUCCGAAAGGAGAACAAUUUGUCAACAUGGGAAUUAGUUGGCUUUAAAGACACCCCCUGCACCUCAAGUCUUUCAGCCACUCUAAGCCCGUAUUCACACUGCUGGGCGAUACCAGAUUAAAAUCACACUGCAGUAAUCCUUAUACAGAAUAGGACACUGUAUAUAUUGAAUAUUUCAUGGGGGGGGUGACUAAAGGAACUUGGCACUUCACUCAUGUUGCUGUGGGUCUGGAGCUUGCCAAACUUGAAAGAAACUGUUCCGUGUAAUAUAAGUUCUAACCAGAGAUGUUCAGGGUGAAGUUUGGCCAUAAUAUACAUGUCAGUGCCAUGGGUGUCUUAUUUGGUGACAAUGUGAUACGUGACAACUAAGUGUAGACUAAAACUAAGUGUAGGAUAGAUUUGUGGACCUAAGUCUCCCGAUUCCCUGUACCUUGUGUAUGGCAUGGUGCUUGUGUAUAGAGGUUCUUCACUGACGUCACAUGAUGACGGGCCAUAUUGGCCGUCACAUGUGGUCACAACGUAAAGGAAAUGCAUUGGCAGGUGGCCGUCAAAAUGUCACGUCGUGACCUCACGUGAAGAGCCUCUAUUGGUGGAAAUCGGUUCAGGUCAGAAACCUACAUUUAUAUAAUCACAUCAAACUUCCCUUGGAAGUUUUUCGUACCCUGGCAUUGUGACAGCGUGAUUCGGGGUCAGCCCCAAAGGCAAAGCUUGCACUAUGAUCCGAAAAAUCAGCCGAUGUGAGGUUAGAUUUAGCCUAAUUAGGACUGAUAUUUAAUAGUGCAUGUCGAUCUGUAUAAUGUUCAGCUGUAUUGCUCUAUUUUAGAUGUUUUAUACUGGAUCUGCAUACAUAAGUGAGGAUUGACUAAUUUAGUAACAUGAACUUUGGAUGACAACUGCUGUCACUUUAGCCAAGUGAUUAGCUGCGUCUGAAGACAUUCGUGUAGUUAUUGACCCUUGUAAACUGUUGAGAUGCAGUAGUUUAGAUUUUAUGAUUUUCAAAGAACAUUGAAUGAGAGAAAAGUUCUGAAGUGUUUUCAUUGGGUUUACAUUGGUUGAGUUGGAGAAAUUGUUUUGGAUUAUUGAAAAUCAUAUUUUGUUUACCUGAGAUUUAAGUUUCCCUUAGAUUCCUUGUAUUUGAAAUGAGGGUUGUGUCAGCUGAUAUAUAGUAGAGAUGUCGGGUCAACAAAUAUCAAGAGGAAUGAACAAAUGGGUGAAUGCAAAACAAGUAAAGGAGCAUGAUUCUGGUGCCGGAAGUUUCCAUGUGAGCUAUUGGUUUCUUUGUCUAUAGUCCCUGUUACCAUGUUUUGGUUCCGUGAAGCUAACAACAUACGUGGUAAAGUGGUAGUGAUAUAGUAAUGUUGCUGUCUUUCAAUUGGUCUUUGAUUAUGGGAUAUAAUGUAUGUUGCUAAUGUUGGCCACAAUAUUGCCCAAUACUUAUGGAGACAUUGAUUUUUCUGGACAGUCGUAUUUAAGUCUGCAAUUGUCUUUUGCAUUAUUACAAGACACUCCUUCUGUGGUCCUUCGCCUCCGCUGUGUUUAUUCAAAGUCCUUAUCCGUAAUUGGUUGCUUACUGAUUACAGAUUGAUUGCCUUUAAUCGAUGGAGAUAUAUAUACCGUAUGCUCAAUUUGAGCAGAGUUUAAAAUAUUGUUGAUGUGUAUAUAAAAGUGAGAAGGUUACAAUUAUAAAAAUCUUUUCAUUCUAUGUAUGUGUAUAUAUAGAUACAUGGAGGUAUAAAAUCAUGUUAAAAUUGUGAGAUUUUGUAUGUUGGCGAGUUUUGUUAUGAUGGUAGAAGUUUAACUUGAAAGUGUGGCAAUUGGGUGGGCCUCUGUUGAUUUGCGUUAAGCAACUAUUGUCUGGAUACGUCUCAAGUCACAUUACAGGUUGAGUCAGUCGACAGAGGUUACGAUUACCUUACAGGUUCAGUCAGUCGACAGAGGUUAUGAUUACCUUACAGGUUCAGUCAGUCGACAUAGGUUACCAUUACCUUACAGGUUCAGUCAGUCGACAGAGGUUAUGAUUACCUUACAGGUUCAGUCAGUCGACAUAGGUUAUGAUUACCUUACAGGUUCAGUCAGUCGACAGAGGUUACGAUUACCUUACAGGUUCAGUCAGUCGACAUAGGUUAUGAUUACCUUACAGGUUCAGUCAGUCGACAGAGGUUAUGAUUACCUUACAGGUUCAGUCAGUCGACAUAGGUUACCAUUACCUUACAGGUUCAGUCAGUCGACAGAGGUUAUGAUUACCUUACAGGUUCAGUCAGUCGACAUAGGUUAUGAUUACCUUACAGGUUCAGUCAGUCGACAGAGGUUACGAUUACCUUACAGGUUCAGUCAGUCGACAUAGGUUAUGAUUACUUACAGGUUCAGUCAGUCGACAGAGGUUACGAUUACCUUACAGGUUCAGUCAGUCGACAGAGGUUACGAUUACCUUACAGGUUCAGUCAGUCGACAGAGGUUACGAUUACCUUACAGGUUCAAUCAGUUGACAUAGGUUAUGAUUUCAAAAUCUUGGACCAACCUGAUAUAUCACAGGUAAUAAAAAAAGACGUAGUCUAUUGGCGUUUUGAAGGGGAUUAACCCGGGAUCUGUUUACCGCUUGCCGAGAGUCUUAGCCACCACACCACAGCGCCUCUCCUUGUGCACACUUUCAGGUGAUGACUUAUAUCUCUCUCUAAUGUUUACAUAUACAUUGAUGUACAUUGUCGAUGUAGACUGGACUCCUCUCUCAUGUUUACAUAUACAUUGAUGUACAUUGUCGAUGUAGACUGGACUCCUCUCUCAUGUUUACAUAUACAUUGAUGUACAUUGUCGAUGUAGACUGGACUCCUCUCUAAUGUUUACAUAUACAUUGAUGUACAUUGUCGAUGUAGACUUGAGUCCUCGCUAAUGUUUACAUAUACAUUGAUGUACAUUGUCGAUGUAGACUGGAGUCCUCUCAUGUUUACAUAUACAUUGAUGUACAUUGGUGAUGUAGACUGGACUCCUCUCUAAUGUUUACAUAUACAUUGAUGUACAUUGGUGAUGUAGACUGGACUCCUCUCUAAUGUUUACAUAUACAUUGAUGUACAUUGGUGAUGUAGACUGGACUCCCCUCUCUAAUGUUUACAAAUACAUUUCUUUGUAUAUUGUCGAUGUUUUUGCACUUCUAAUAAACUGUUUAUUGAUUA